GGGGUGGUUGAUCGACCGUACCCACCGUCGCUUUUCUACUCGUCCUGCUGAGCCCCGACAUUCAUUCCACCCCGAGCCGGCGGAUCCGCUAGGACGUGGCCGUUCUCCACCUCACAGCCAGCAGAGCGAAGGACCACCGAGAGACCGUUGAAGCGAAAGCGAAGGGACGAGCAUCCGUACAUCGAGCGAAGGACGAACACAGGCGGUCGCCGUGACUGGAAAGCAGAUGAUGUACAACUGGGCGUGGUUGCUAUUGCUGUUCUCGUUGGUCUCGAUAGGCAUAUCCUUGCCUACGAGCCUGAUGGAUGAUGUGAAGAAAACAGAUCAAGCCAUGAAGCCGAAAUCAAAACGAGCGCAGGAGAUGCUGAUGUUCGGUAAUCAACAGAAUCGACAGGCCAACGCUGCUGAAUCCUUCACGUCAAACGCAGAGAAACGAACUCUGGCUUCCUCGGGGUUGGUAGGCUUAAAAGCGGCCCUUGUCGAGGACGAUAAACCAUCUCAAUCCAAACAGCCCAGCAAUUCCAUGUACGAGCAUGAGACUUACUCGCCAUACGACAGGAAUUAUGAUUACGGUAAGGUUCUCGUGAACGAGGUCGAGGAGGAUGGGCCGCGCGUAUGGGACGUACUACCGCCGUACUCUCGUUAUUACUCGAGCGAGGAUCGGCGUAAGAGAUCGGACAAGUCCACGGUGACGGUACGGCCGGCCACCACGUUGCAGCCUCCUAGCAGCUCGUUCCAAGUACCAACGCCUACCCAGCAACCGGUGCAGGCUCAAGUUAAGAGGAGCGUGCCGUACUAUCAGGAGCCGCGAUACAAGCGAGAAUUGCCGUUGGACAUUGAUCCUGAUGACGUGUUCACUCUUCUGUCACUGUGGGAAAACGAGCGGCGUAACGGCAACUGGCGCAAAUACGCUAACGAGGAAUAUGAGAACAUGGUGGACGAUGGCGGGCUGCUCGACGAAGAAGACGCUAGAAACGUUCUUCCGUGGAUAGAUGCGCCGAUCUAUCAAUCGCGUCAUUAUACUGCUGACACAUUGUCGCCUUCUGACAUUGGAAUCGUACGGACCCACCCGCCCGGUUAUUACGAGCAGUACGGUAAUCAGUUGGAGCAACAGUACGGCGGUCCGCAGUACGGCAGUUCACAGUACGGCAAUACGCAGUACGGCUUCCUCAACCUUUAUCCUCAACGUGCCUACUAUCCUCAGGAGAAAAGGUUCAUGAUGUCUAAAAAGCGUGCACAGAGCUACGAUCCCUAUUCGGCCGCUCAGAUGCAGCUAGGCUCCCAACCGCGAAGUUACCAGUACCCUCACCGCGUGGUCUAUUAAAUUUGCAACGCGGAGCACGUCUGGAGGAUGGCGGCGAAACUGAAAAUAUCUCGUUCACAAAGAUUCUACUGGAAAAGGAAAAUAACCAGUUGACGACGCAUUUCCGAGAGCCAUUCGGCGUUUUCUUUCGACGAAUUGCUGUCGCUCCUCUUCAGCUAUUCUCCCUUUCUCGCAGAAGAUGAAAAAGAAAUAAGGAACGGCGCGCUCGGACGCAACACGGCGAGCGAGACGGUUUUACUCGUUCUAAGAAACACGGUGCUCAUACAGAGAGAAGCUUUCCUCGAGUCGCAAGAGCCGCGCUGAAGAACCAGGAGAUCAGGAAGUCGAUUUGUAAGAAACUUUCCUGCCUCAAAACUCAGAAGUACCUCGAAAUACAUAUUCAAAGUGACAAAUUCGUACUUAGGAUACGUUUUAUCUCGUAAUGAAAAUUAUCAGAUGACAAUGAAGGCGAAUACAAUCUGUGAGGGCACCCUCCUCCCCUGUUUAGAAUGCAUUUUACGAGACAGUGUGCAAACAUAUCAGAGUCCACGACUCAAUACGAAACGAUUUGCUGUGCCGUUUAAACAAGAAUUUAUGAGCAGGCGAUUAAUUUGACGACUUCCCAAUCGCGGUGACGAAAACGAAAUAUAAAAGAAGCUUCAGCGCGCUCUUGUUACUUGCUCGCUUAAUAAUGUAAUGUUACGAUUUUAAGCUCCUUUUGCGUGUAACGCGGGCAACGCGCCCGUAAUGACGCUACGACUGAAUCAUUAAAACAAUCGUAGUAUCGAAUCAAAUUACCCUCAGGCUUGAUUUUAUGCCUUCGUGACUGAUAUAUGAUAUAUACAUAUAUGUAUGUAUAUAUGUAUGAAGUGAUAGUUUCGUUCAUGAAUUAGCAUGAGACUAGAUGUAGGACUGUUCGUCUAUUAGAUAAUUCGGACGCGGCAAGUUGAGCGGAAUCGGAGAUACAGAGAAAACGAAGGCGAGAAAUAUUUAAGAAAUGUUCGAUGUAUAUGUAAAAGAGAUAAGAAGCAUAGGAAAAAUCAAAUGAGACUCAUUCUGCGCGAUAAAUUUCACCUCGACAUUGUUUCUACGACGGGCUAACAAUAGAACGUUGGAAAUUUCUUCUUAAAUUUUUCUGGUUACGUCAAAUGCAGGCGAAGUGUCAAAAAUUAUGUAUAAAGGAAUGUCAACGUUAGAGAGAAAGAAAGAGAAAAAAUAUAAAUCGAACCGUCGUCGAGUUACACUCAUCAGUUUUAGGAAACAAGGAAACAGAUGAAUCGCAAGUGUAAUGUAAUACCAGACAAGUUCUCGUAAAGUUUUCUUCGAACCAAACACGGCCUUCCAUAUUCAACACUCCGAGGAGACUGAACAUCUCUAUAAUUAAUUAAUUAAUCUAGUUGUAUUCGUUGUAUGCGCGCCUUAUUGAGCGACGUAUACUUUUGUUCCUCACCAAUUUACGAUGAAUUAUUACUACUACAGAGUGCCUCAACGUUUCUUGCGCUGCUUAUUUCGAAAAUGUCUUCAGCUAAUUGUGAACCGAUUCACUCUGAUUGGUUCUUUUAAUUAAAUAUCCUCGUGACUAGUCAAGAUCUCAUUGAAGUGUACAAAAUGGAAACCUGAAGCACUCUGUAAAGAUAACCGAAUACUCGAUUACCACAGUGAGGAACUUUAUAAUGUUCAUAAUUUUAUUUUCUACAUUUACCUUUUGUUUAGCGUAGUUAGGUUUAGCUAAUAGUAAUAUAUAAGUUUCAUCAGGAACAUUCAGUAUUCGCUAUGUGCAAUUAAUGUUAUAUACUGGACAGACGGUAAUUACUACUGUUGUAAAUGAAAGAAAAUCAGCCAAUUGUAGCUUUACUCUUCUCGAAUUAUCUCGCAACGACGCACGAUCAAUGUUCAAAGCAAGUUUUGCCGAAAGUGUGUAUUUUUGUUACGUAUCGCAGCAGAAAAGGCAGCAGCAUGCCGUUUAAUACACGUACAUAAUUUUCCACACGUAAUUUCCCUGUUUACACGUUUCUGCGUCUCUUCCUGUUAUUAAUAGUAUUUGCGCGCCAAUAUUAUAUACAUAUAUAUACAUAUAUAAACAUAUUACAUUAUAUUAAGAUUCCAAAGAAAGCGGAUCCUUUUUUUUAUACCGAUGAGCUUCGAUUAUUUUUCAAUCACAGAUUUAGUGGCGAUUUUGAUUUUGUCUAUAAAGAAUUGUGUAAAUUGAAAAUAAUGUACACUGUCCAAAUAAGAGAGAUGUCUAAAAUGGAAAAAA